UGACAGUAAUUGACAGCAUUGACAGGCCCCAGCGACAUGCCCUGGUAGUGUGCAGCUAGGUUUAGCGGCUUGGUAGUAUUUAGCUAUUUAUUAUUGAGCAGCGGUUGAAGCAAGCAACUCUAGGGCUCCCCUUCGGCUUGAACUGGCCAAAUAGUGGGGAAUUCUUGCGGUUUCCCACGCUCGAUAAGGAGGAGCCUUGCUCCCUGGGAUUUGCGAUUUGGUGGAGCAGAAGUGGUAGCACCCGUUAAUAUCACACCACUAAUAAUAACAAUCAGUCAAACUCGGGAUUAUUUAAAGAACAGGAAGGGGUUUUCAAUUUUCAGAUCCUUCAUACAUUUCUCCAUCGUAGACCGCCGACCAGCAGAGAUUUAUAUGGUAAAAUAUGUAUCUGCAUCACUCACACAUGGGGUCAACCAGACCGGUUAUUUAGACCAUGUUCAACGUCAAGCGGCUCCCGAGGGCGCGAGAAAGGGCGAAAAAUUGCAGACAGACAGACACAAAAAUACGAGCGGUCAUAUUAAAUAAAAAAUAAAUUCACUACCGCCAUUGUAGGCCCCAACUCCCUAAGUGCGAGUCCUUGUACAGUACAUACAUAGUUACAUGUAUUUAUGUGCACGCAUUGGCUGGAUAUGCAGUUUUGCCCUCUGGUGCUGGAUAGAAAAGCCAAAUAUUUAUUUUAGUUACAUCGAAAUGUCCUCAACUCUACUCAACUUCGUCCAUUCAACACCUUCUAGCGUCUCCCACCAGCCUCCUCAACCCUCGCCAGCUGGAUAGCGACAAUCCUCAGCUGGUUUCUUCCGUGUGGCGUCGUCCUCUUUGCUUGUGUUUUCAUUUUCCACCUUGUUUCGUCGUCGGCUUGAACCCCGAAUUGUGCCUUCUCCCCGCUCUAUUUCAUUAAAUAAAUACCCGCCAAUAGUUACAGUCCGCCUCACGAGGAUCUAUUUGUCCGCCCUUUGUACUGUAUGUACAUGUACAUCGCCUGAACUCCAGCAACAGCAACAACAGCAGCGGGAAUCGUCUAUUGCAGCCUGCUCGAGUUCGAGUUCAUGUCUAUGUCCUCUCCCUCCGCCACUACUACCACGGUCCCCUCCGAGUCCUCGUCCUCGCGCCCCAGUCGUCUACGCCGCUUGAGCAACCUCAGGGCGUACGCUCAUUCCAGCGGCCACCGUUCAUAUCGAAAUAGCCUGACCCGGGCUGUUGGCUUGUCAUCGCACUCUGCUGCUCCCUCAGCCUCGUCUACUGCAGACGCUGCACCGACUACUGACACUGCUACUGCUAUUUCUACAACUACUAACCGUCUAGCUACUACGACCACUACUACUACAGCUUCUCCCACCGAAUCAGCACUUAUCCGCCACCCAUGUCCCGAGACUGAUGCUUCAAGGCUCUCUACGACCCCUUCCGCACAAAGUGAGAGCUCGUCCAGCUCAGACCUUCACUCCCACGCUCCCUCUUCAUCUGCUUCUUCACAUUCUACCCCGUCCAACGACCCGGAGUCGUCAGAGCUGCAGCUAGUAUCCGGCAUGGUACGACAUCGGAAUAUGCCACGCAUAGAUCUGCUCGGAGCCAACCAGGACCUGUCGCAGCACUCGUCACCAACGCCUUCAAGUGCUCGGAAUAAUCUCAGUGAGACCCGUCCUAAAAGCUCGGCUGAUACAGCUCAGAACACCUCGCCAGGGAAUAUGGGGUCUCCCAGUAGACGGGCAGACACUACUCCCCAGCCUUCCCCAGAUGUCGGUUCGAAAUCGGAUCCCCCAAAGCCUACGAUACGUUUCUAUGCCUAUCAGGAUCCCCAUCAGAAUUCAAGGCCAUCAUUACCUUUCACAACCACCUCCCGGACAUUGCCAGAUGAUUCCUCCGUGAUUCGAGUGGGCCGGUAUUCAGAGCGGGAUGGCAUUCCCGUUCACAAUCCGACGGAACCAUCCGAUGCACCCGUUGGCUUUAAAUCCAAAGUUGUGAGCAGGAGACACUGCGAGUUUUCCUUCGUUAAUGGACAAUGGCAUAUUCGAGAUGUAGGGAGCUCGUCAGGGACUUUCCUGAACCACAUGCGGCUGAGCCAACCCAACAUGGCGUCCAGGCUGUAUGCCAUUAGAGAUGGCGAUAUUCUGCAGCUAGGAAUUGACUUUAGGGGCGGGGAGGAAAUGAUCUUUAGAUGCGUACGGAUGCGGAUCGAAUGCAAUCGGUCAUGGCAGAAACAGGCAAAUGAGUUUAAUAAAAAUACAGCGGCUCUAAUCAAUAACCUGGGGAAGGGGAAAAAUGCAGCAGAUUAUGCGGGUAGCAGGGAAUGCUCAAUCUGUCUUGGUUCAGUGUUGCGUCCAUAUCAAUGUCUUUUUAUGGCUGCUUGUGCCCACGUCUGGCACUACAAGUGCAUACGCCGCCUCAUCCACUCGCCUGAAUACCCCAUGUUCCAAUGCCCAAACUGUCGUGCAUACACAGAUCUCAGUGCAGAAGUAGACGAUUCGAACGACCCUUUUGAAGACGAGGCCCAUCCGGAACCUCCCAAAUCCCGAGACCAGCCUGCACAAGACUAUCCCAACAGUGAUAACAACAAUAACAAUAGCACAAACCCAGCCGCCCGCAAUUCGACAGGGGAGAGGACCCCUUCCUCCGCCCCGAAUGGCCAGCAUAGACCGUCAACUGCAGACCAGGACCGCCUAGCUGGUGCAGUCGACAUGAUGAACCUUGACGAGGCCCCUAUAGCCACCCCCCGAGCCGAAAACGGUACUACGAGGCGAGUGAGCUCGAACGCAAACGCAACCGCGAACGGAAACGUAAACGGAGAUUCUGACAUGGCGAUGACAAAUGGAAUAAGCGAGCAGGCGACUAACGGAAUUGGUGAGACUUUAUCGCGGAGUUCUAACAUCGAUAUACCGCAAUGCUUACGGCUUGUGGGUGGUCGUCGAGGACUGCAGCCCCAGGGGGAUGGUGGUGGUGGUGGUGGUGGUGGAGGUGGAAAUGAUGUGUUCGAAGAUACCCCAUUAACGCCGCGGAAUGAUUUUGGACCCUUAGCAUUUGACGGCCGUGCUGGCCGGUUGUAGCAUUCUACGAUGGUUUGGUUUCCUUUGUUUGCUUUUGAUGGCGUUCCUGCUGCUUUAUUUCUCCCCCCUUCAUACCUUGCGUCAUGUUAUUUCCCCUUUGGUUCCGCUUUACGUGCUUCAUUUAUAUGCUAGUCGCCUGGGUUCAGGUAUUGAACAACUUUUUCUUACGUUUCUUAUGCGCUCGUAACUCUCACCGCAUCACCUACCUGAAUGAACGAUUAAUCUGGUUGGUCUAGCUCUUAUAAAGCAUGGUUCAACCCUCCCAUCUCCAUCCACCCCAUCAUCCCCAAGUAACAUAGCUUCUUUGGCUACAUGGUACUCUGCUCUUCAUCCCUCCUCUCUUCUCAAAACCCAAACAUCGAGAACAUCAACACAACAACACAGAAGUCCUCUGGGAUAAGGCUAGCCUGACAAUGGUGGCGUGAUCCUAUUUUAUAUGCCUUUCUUAUCUCUUUUCUUUAUGUCUCUCCUCGUAGUUUGCUCUUUCCUUUCCGUUCAUAUUUUUUUUUUUUUUCCUUUUUUUU